AUGACCGGCACCGGCCGGUCACCGGUGGCCGGCGAACAUGUACAGAUCGGACCGGCCAGUUUUCAAAAAUUUGACUGGUAAGCGACCGGUGUUUUUUGCUUUCUGUUCGAUAUAAAUAUGCUUUUUUCUGUCAUAUUUUCUAGUUAUAAGCCACUUCGGCCGGUUCCGGUCCAGCAGUCUUACUAGAACCGGUUCAACCGACCGGUUGAUAAGUCUCGACCGGGCCAAGAACGGGCACCCGGUCCGGUUACAUCUCUGGCCCAAAAUGUCCUCUACAAAAUAAGAUCUAAACAAAGACUUCAUUUUGCUUGGUUUGCUUGAUUCACGGGCCUCGGAUGUCUUUCUAGAAGCAUUGAGACUCCCCUAUUCUUCGGUCUGGGGCUUUCUGAAAUGCAUGAAAACAUAGACUAUCGACCACGCUGCAUCUCAUGGCAGUGUUAGUUUUCAGAACAAAAUGCAAGAACCGAGUGAAAUUUGUACUGGGUGAAAUAAGACUAAAAUUUAAAUGAGCAAUAAAAUAAUACGAAUGAGCAAUAAAAUGAUAUAGAUGAGCAAUAGUCAAGUUUAGCGGUAAAGAAAUUCAAUGAGCAAUAAUUAUACUGACUGAGCAGUAAUUAUACUGAUUGAGCAAUAAUUAUACUAAACGGACAAUAAUAAUACUGAAUGAGCAAUAAAAUAAAAUAAGUGGGCAAUAAUUAAACUAACUAAACAAUAAUUUGUUCUGCUUUUAUCUGGGUUUUUUCCCAGAUAAAAGCAGAUUUACAUUUGUUCACUAUAUAUAUAUUGUGGCUAUCAAAAAAAAGUAUAUGUUCUAUCAGUGAAAUCGAUUUACCUAUUAACAAGUACACAAUUUAUAUAAAAAUGGCCCAAUCACAACGUGUAGUACAAUAUAUUUCUGAUGAUGAAAGCGAAAACAACAAUGAUAUGGAACUGGAGUCU